UUUUUUUUUUAAUUAUUGAGAACUGCCAAGAAGAAAAGUCAAGAGAUGGUUGAAUGUUGAUGAGUAAAGCAAUACUGCAGAAGUAGAUGUUAGGGUUUUGAAGUCUCACAAAUUCUCAGCGAAAUCAACUUACUGUUCCAGGCUUUAACGAAGAAAUGAGAAGGACAUGUUGCCAUACAUGUCUUGCAUUCAUUCUCAAAUUCCUCAAUCAAUUCCAAUUAUUUGUUGGAAUUUCGAUUAUUCUAUACUCUGCUUAUAUGUUAAACCAGUGGAACAAUCAUUUGCCAAUCCCUCCCCUUCCACCUUCAGCUCGUUCGCCGGAUUCUUCUGAUACUGUUUCAACGGUUUACAACACUGCUAGGGUUUCAGAGCAAGUGAUUCAUCUUAAUUCUGUCUCUGGCAUGAUCAGUGGUACUAACGAACGGAUAAAAGUCGAUGACAGCUCCAGGCCUUCGCCGUGGUUCAUAUAUGCAUUUAUGGGACUGGGUGUUACGCUAUGCUGCAUCUCUUGCACAGGUCAUAUUGCAGCUGAAGCUAUUAAUGGAUGUUGCCUAUGUUUCUAUUCUCUUCUGAAAAUCAUAUUCAUCCUACUGGAGGUGGCUUUCAUUCUGUUCAUUGCACUUGACCAUCAUUGGGAAAGGGAUCUGCCCUCGGAUCAAACAGGAGAAAUUGAUAGUAUUCGAGAAUUUAUUGAAGCAAAUAUGGACUUUUGUAAAUGGGUUGGCAUCACCAUUGUUGUAAUUCAGGCUGUAUGUCUGCUGCUUGCUGUAGUUUUGCGAUCACUGGUGAAUUCACAGAUGAAAUAUGAUGAAGAUGACAUUGAAAGAGAUCCUGAUGUGAGAGGGAAAGCUUGGGAGCCUCUGUUGAACCCAAAAUCUACCCAAACACCAGUCUCAGUUAGUGGUGAUGGUAAAGCUUUUCAUUCUGACAUAUGGAGUUCACGCAUGAGAGAAAAGUAUGGAUUGAGUACAAGUAAUGGCAAGUAGACCAGAAAUUGGAAGCAAUUGAAUAUUAUGGUGAAGGUGCGGCUUGUCUCAGUUUUGUUCAGGCAUCAGUGUGAGGAGAAGUUACAAUCUUUUCAAUACUUGUGGAUUUAGUUUGUAUAGAAAUAUAGCAUGUUGUGUCAUGUGUGUGUGUGUGUGUUUUGAUUUGAAUUUUAAACCUCAUUACAUUUGUCUUAGACAUUUAUAUUGGAUCAAUA